GCACUACUCUUUUAUUUUAUUACCUUUUUUUUUUUUUACUAUUUGUAGUUAAUAAAACAAUACAAAAAAAGAAAAGAAAAAAUAAGGCCAAUGAAUGUUCAGAGUCGACAUUCAGCCAUUGAACGUAUAGGAGACCAUUCCACCUUUACAGUAUUCCAACCUAGUUUUUUCAAUAAUAAUAAUUCUUCCUUUGAACCUGAUUCACUCGAGGAUUUCGAUUUCGAGUCAGCACCCACCUCCAGAACCACUCAGGACCGUCAACCACCAGCAAGGAGAACUGUAGAGGAAGAAGAAGAAGAUGAACCCAUUCCUCAUUCUUCGGGUUUAACUUCUCAUUCCAUGGUAGCUAGUUAUGCUAGUACAGCUCCCAUUCUACAACGACAACAACAACAACAAAAGAAGACUCAUGAGGAAUAUUGUCUUGGUCCCAUCAAGGACCAUUCACAAGAAACACUCACUUCACCUUCUUUUUCUCCUCCCGUCCGUAAUUAUCAAUUAUUUCCCGGUCAAACUCGAUUUUUAUGUGGUGGAAGAUUAGUCACCAGUCGAGAUUAUCGUGCAUUUGUUGCUGGUCUCUUGAUUUUUCUGGCUCCUACCGUAUUAUUUGCUGUCUUUACGUGCCCUUUUCUAUGGUCCGAAGCACAUCCUGCAGUACCCAUUGUAUUUGCAUAUCUUUUUGUACUCACACUCGCUUCCAUGCUAAAAACUUCAUGGACAGAUCCUGGGAUCAUUCCUCGUAAUCUAGAUCCCAUGAUGGAACAAAUAAUUCAAGAUGAAAAUGCGUCUAUUAAUUCAGAAACACCACCUAAAGAAAUUCGAAUCAAGGACACAUGUUACUCUUUAAAGUAUUGCGAGACCUGUCGUAUUUAUCGCCCACCGCGAUCCAGUCAUUGUAAGCAAUGUGACAAUUGCGUCGAAUUUGAGGACCAUCAUUGCGCUUGGUUAAACAAUUGCAUUGGAAAGCGAAAUUACCGAUCUUUUUUCACAUUUAUUGUCAGCGCGGCAUCUUCCUGUAUCUUUGUGAUUGCAUGCUCUACCUAUCAAUUACUGUGGUCAGCGAAUUUACCGCAACAUCAUGGGUUUCGUGAUGUCUUUUUAGAUGCACCUGUGAGUUUUGUGCUGGCGAUUUAUUGUUUUAUCUUGCUUUGGUUAGUGGGUGGUCUGACCCUUUAUCAUUGUUCAUUAAUUCUUCGUGGUGUCACCACCCAUGAACAGAUCCGUGCAGAGAUUAUUAAAGCCAAAUACCCUGAAUUACCCAUCAACCCUUACAACAGAAUGAAUCCAUUGAAGAACAUGUUUCAAAUUUUGUGCCAACCUCAGCCUAAAAGUUAUUUACGUAGACGUAAAAUGGCUGAUACUUCUACUUAUAGUAAUAAGUAAUAAUUUUUGUUUUUUAUACAAUAUUUAUACCAUUAGAUCAUUCCCCCACACACACACAAACACACGUAUUUAAUUUCUUAAUAAAAAAAAAAAAAAAAAAAAA